AACAAACAAACAAACAAAGAUAUCAGCAUUGUAGCCUCUCAAUCUGAGCCCAUUUCCCUUCUCUGGCUACCAUGCCUCCUUCUCCUAUAUGAUACCAUUCACUACUUUGUUUAAUUCUCCAGUCUAGACCUGCAUCUUGAGACCACACCCAGCCUACUCACUCCCCACACCCCUCUUUCUUCUCACUGCUCCUUCCUGGUCUCUUCUCAUCUGGCUCCACCUCUGAGGAGUCCUCAGAGAAACCCUUCUGGGUUGCCCUGGAACACAGACUAUCCCCCCUCCUAGUGAAGGGAGUGGGUGGGUGUUUCAGCCCCACCCUCAGGAAGAUGCGUCUUCCCGGUCCUCUGCUCUACGGUACUUCCUCUCUGGCUGACUUAGCAAACAGCACCUAGACUGGGGGCCAGGCCCUUGGCAGUGGGACAGAUCCAGGGACAGGCUACAGCACCUUGCCCUGACCCUGGGAUUGGCAUCAGCUUCCAACCAGUUCCUGUCAAAGCUUGUAAGUCCUCCCGACAGCCAUGAACACUACAUCUGCAGCAUCCCCCUCGCUAGGUGUAGGGUUCAACUUUCUGUUGGCUAUCAUCCUGCUGUCAGUGGCGCUGGCUGUGGGGCUUCCCGGCAACAGCUUUGUGGUGUGGAGCAUCUUGAAAAGGAUGAAGAAGCGCUCUGUCACUGCCCUGUUGGUGCUGAACCUGGCCCUGGCCGACCUGGCCGUAUUGCUCACUGCUCCCUUUUUCCUUCACUUCCUGGCCCAAGGCACCUGGAGUUUUGGAUUGGCUGGUUGUCGCCUGUGCCACUAUGUCUGUGGAGUCAGCAUGUACGCCAGUGUCCUGCUUAUCACAGCCAUGAGUCUAGACCGCUCACUGGCAGUGGCCCGCCCCUUUGUGUCCCAGAAGCUACGCACCAAGGCGAUGGCCCUGCGGGUGCUGGCAGGCAUCUGGGUGGUGUCCUUUCUGCUGGCCAUACCCGUCCUCGUGUACCGCACAGUAGUGGCCUCGAAAACGAACAACAUGAGCCUGUGUUAUCCGAAGUACCCCAGCAAGAAGCACCAGGCCUUCCAUCUAAUCUUCGAGGCCGUCACGGGCUUCCUGCUGCCCUUCCUGGCUGUGGUGGCCAGCUACUCCGACAUAGGGCGUCGGCUGCAGGCCCGGCGCUUCCGCCGCAGCCGCCGCACUGGUCGCCUGGUGGUGCUCAUCAUCCUGGCCUUCGCCGCCUUCUGGCUGCCCUACCACGUGGUGAACCUGGUCGAGGCCGCCCGUGCGCUGGCCGGCCAGGCCUCCGGGUCGGGGCUCGUGGGGCAGCGGCUGAAACUGGCCCGCAACGUACUCAUCGCGCUCGCCUUCCUGAGCAGCAGCGUGAACCCCGUGCUGUACGCGUGCGCCGGCGGCGGCCUGCUACGCUCAGCGGGCGUGGGCUUCGUCGCCAAGCUGCUGGAGGGCACGGGCUCCGAGGCGUCCAGUACCCGCCGCGGGGGCAGCCUGGGCCAGACCGUGAGGGGCGGCCCCGCUGCUCAGGAGCCCGGCCCUUCCGAGAGCCUCACUGCCUCCAGCCCUCUCGAGUUAAACGAACUGAAGUAGGCCUGGUGGUGGAAGGAGGCCCACUUUCUCCUGGCAGAAUGCCAGCCCUGAGCCAGUUCUGUACCUGGAGAAGGAGCAGGGGCGUGGAGGGCGUGGGAGCGUGGGAGGCAGGAGUGGAGUGGAAGAAGAGGGAGAGGUGGAGCAAAGUGAGGGCCGAGUGAGAGAGUGCGCCAUCCUGGCUCCCACAGGCAGCUUUAACCAUUAAAACUGAAGUCUGAAAUUGGGUCAACCUUGUGAGUGGGGUACGUGUGCUGUGGGCAUCGGGGUGCUCGUGGGUGCCCUGGCGGGACCCCUCUCAGUAGUUGAAAGUCACCUUCUUUAGUUCCCCAUGAUUUACAAUUUUGGAAAGGACACAAGGACAAACAUAGAUUGCCCCCAUCCCAGGUGAUUCCGAGUACUAGUCUGCAGAUAAUACUUAGCAAAACGCAAUCUAUGGACUCCUAAAGCAGCUUGUCUAGGAAGACCACCCAUGUGGGCCUAUCACUCCAAGCUCUGUGACUCAGGGGACCUUCUGAGAAAACAGCACUGCUAUGAAACAUCUUCCCUGAAGCCUGUGAUAAGUCUCCUUGUUAGCAUGACUCCAACUUCCUGCCAAUAAUCUUUGUCCUCUCUGUAGGAGGUAUUCUAGGGGAUGCCUUCCUUCCUUCCAUUUCACAAAGAGGUCAGACUUGAGGACUAAGUCAUUAGAUCUUAUCCCUUAGAAUUCUGCAUAUCAGCAUCUGCUAACCUCCACAACACACCCUGGCACAGGGUGGGGCUGAGGGCCCCAGGAAACAAAGAUUCCCAAAAGUGAGAGGGAUGAGUCAUUAUUUCCUGGAGAUGACUGUUGUUUUAGAGAACCUUGGUCCAACUCUGUUCUGACAAGGUUUUAGGAAGAUGGCAACAACAGUGGCAGCAGUGUACUUUUUGGAUCUUUCUCAUAAAAAAACAAAAGAGCAAGUAAGAGAGUGAAACCAAAUAUUCACAUGCAACACCCGCAUCAAACCUAGUAUGUCAAGGUAUCUCCCAUGGACCCCAAAGUAUGAGCCAGUGAGAAUGAGUCAUCAAUACUUCAAGACCCAUAUACCAGCAUCUGUGCAGAAGGAUACAGAAGGAAGCAAAGGGAUGUUGGAUAGAUCUAAGAAGAGGAGACCCCCAAGCUGUCUACAGAUCCUUACUGGAAAGCAUGGUGUACCAAUUUGAGAACAGCAGCUGAAACUGGGAGGGACCUAACAGAGUAUUUCUCAGACCUCUCACCCAUUCUGUAUGGUAAACACAUGAUAGGUACUUGUUUAGUGUUUGUUGAAUGAAUAAAGUUCAAAUGACAUUUCCCUGGA